AUGGAGGAUGCAGACAAUGAUUCGUCUCGGAGUUCUACCCGAGAACGUAGCUCUUCACACUUUAAUGAUGAGGAGAGUUUGAGAACAGCUGUAAGCGACGAAGACUGUGAAGAUGAAAGUCGUGGAACUAACUUCAGUUCUUCCGAUUCUGGAGACUUCUUCCGAAAUCAUCCAUGUGCUAUCAAUGAGCCGUGGUACGUUCAUCAUUCGGAUUUGGUGGAUCAAACUAAUGAUGCGGAUGAAUAUGAUGAUUUUACCGAUGAUGCUUAUGAUCCGAUUGUUGCUGAUUGCAUUGAUGAACCGUUUAUACCGCCAUCAGAACGUGAUGACGCUCCUUUGUCUGGAAUUUUGCAGAAUCCUGAACUUGAUAAAAUCGAUCCAAGGCGAUUUUUCCCCGAUUAUUCACGCAAUAAAGUUUUACGAUUCUCUCGUCUUUUCGGGGCUAACAUCAAAUCUUCAUCAAGAACAAGAAUUUGGUGGCCAUCAAAGACAUUCCAACCAAACAGCCCUAAGCAAGAGGAAGAUGAAACAAUAAGAGCAAUAAGCGCAGAAGAACCGCAGAUGUUCAAAAGAUCUACAGAACUCGCUGAAUCAUCACAAUCCAUCGAAACUUAUGGCCCGAAGUUAAUAUUUGGAGAUUCUCCUGCUCCAGAAGACUGCCUUGUGGAUGAUGAAAUUCUUUUAAUGAGACCUUCAAUUUCGGCUGGAUCAGCUAAAAAUGGCAAUGGUGAUGGCGACGUGAAUGAUGUAGCACCGUGGAGGUUCGGUCCCGCGCGUAUUUGGUAUGACUCAAUGAAUGUUUUGUCUAAUCCGUCUCAUUUCGAUUAUGGGUUUAAACUGAAGCGUGAGCAGUCAUUGCGAAAAAAGGCUAUUAUGAAAGAUGAGAAGAAUGAUAAAAGUGAAGAUGAAGUGGUAGAAGAAGAAAUUGGCCCUGGAUUGGCAGCGAGUGAACCAUUUCCUCCGGAAACAUUUCUUCCUGUAAAUUUAAUUCGAUGGGAGGAUGAUAUAAUGCUCGAUGAAGAACAGGCUAGGCGACAGAUUUUGAAAGGUUUGGCUUCUCAACCACCUGAUAAAUUGCCUGAAUGUGGUUGGAUACCCACACAGCAAACGAGAAAUUAUGAGUCUUUUAUGACAGCUUUUAGAUCUCGUGCAUUUGAACAGAUGUUCGCGAAACCAGGCACAUUUCCAUCAUUAAGCAGUGCGAAUUUGGACUUUCCAAAAGAACCAACUCCAUCUCAUUCUCUUUUCCCUAUGGAAAACUAUGAUUUGCUUUAUACGAGAUGGGAAGAUGAUAUUAUAUGGGAUUCAGAAAAUAUGGACCACAUACCAGAACCGAAACUCCUUACUCUUGAUUACUCAGACGACCCGAAAUUGUUUGGUAUGCCAGAGGACAAAGCGACUGAAGAUAAGGUUCAAGAUGGUGAAUUGCCAAAUCCACCAAAACCGUUCGAUCGGAAGGAGCAUCAAUUCACAAAGAAAUCCAAAAUGAUUCUCGGCCAAGUGCAACAGAGGCAAAAGCAAGAAGAAGAUGAACAGAUGGAAAGUUCUAUUGCUCAGCUGACUGACAAAGAUCCAUUUAAUCUUAGCAAUGAUGAUUAUUACAGACCUAAAAAUGUUGAAAGAACACUCAGUUCCGUUUCUGGUAGUUCACUUAUUCAACACUCAUUACCUGCACAGAAUAUACACCGGACGUUUUUCCCGACGCACUUAAAUCCAUUUAAAUUACGGCAUUAUCAUCGCUUACCGUUGUCUAAACGAAUCUUGCGAACAAUAGGCACCCGCCUCGUAUCUGUUAAAACGCUAACCAAACUGAUCAAAGAAAAAGAAGAAUUUCGUGAAAAGCAGAAGGCAGCGGAAGGAGGGGGUGAGAUUUUCUUCAUGCGUGAGGUGCAAGAUCUGUCGGGCAAAGAUAGUACUCUAUUACUGAUGGAAUAUUCUGAAGAGCAUCCACCACUGCUCAAUCAACCCGGAAUGGCCAGUAAAAUAAGGAAUUAUUACAAAAGGAAAGUUGGAAAGGAGACAGAUCCAGAAUAUGAAUUUGGUGAAACUGCUUUUACGCACACUUCACCAUUCCUAGGUUCUCUUGCGCCAGGCCAAGGUUUGCAAUCGUUGGAGAAUAAUUUGUAUCGUGCACCUAUUUAUAAGCAUUCAUCAAAUUCAAGUGACUUUCUUCUUAUUCGCACAAAACAGGGGUAUUUUAUCCGUCAUUGCCCAACUUUAUUUCUUGUUGGCCAAGAGUGUCCGUUGUAUGAAGUGCCAAGUCCAAACUCGAAACGAGCAACAGUUUUUGUUCGGGAUUUUUUACUAGCGUAUAUUUAUCGACUUUUCUGGGCUAGCGAUCAAAAUCCGAGAAGAUUGAAAAUGGAGGACAUCAAGGAAGCAUUUCCUCAUUAUGCUGAAAGUUCAGUACGCAAACGGUUAAAACAGUGCUCAGAUUUCAAACGGUUGGGACAAGGUCCUGACCAAAACUAUUGGGUUUUACGAGAUGAUUUUCGAUUACCGAGUAAAGAAGAGGUACUUGCGAUGGUAACGCCGGAAAUGUGUUGUGCACAAUACAGCAUGCUAGCGGCUGAACAGCGCUUAAAGGAUGCGGGUUAUGGAGAGAAGUAUUUUUUUACCCCAGAAAAUGAAGAUGAUUCGGAUGAUCAGGUUACUAUCGAGGAUGAGAUCAAAUGCGCUCCGUGGAAUACGACACGAGCUUACAUAUCAUCGAUGAAAGGCAAAUGUUUGUUGGAUCAAACGGGUAUAGCUGAUCCAACCGGAUGUGGUGAAGGGUUUUCUUAUGUUCGUGUCAAUGCCAAACCACAGAAAGCUAAAGAAGAAGUGACGAAUGUUCCAAAACGAUUGGUAACCGGGACAAAUGCUGAUCUUAGAAAGCUACCAUUGAAAGAAGCGAAAGAAAUAUGUCGAGAUUAUGGCGUCAGAGAGGAAGAGAUUAAUUCAUUGAGUAGGUGGGAGAUAAUUGACGUCAUCCGAACAUUGUCUACCCAAGCUGCUAAAGCAAGAUCAGAUUUUUCCGGUAUGGCUCGGUUUGCUCGAGGGAAUAUCAGAUUUAACUUUGCAGAUAUGCAGGAAAAAUACAAAAAAUUUUGUCAAAGAACAUUUGAUUUACAAAAUCAGACAUUGUCAAAUACAGAUAUUUUGAGUACGGAUGAAGGAAGCAGUGGGGAGGAUUCAGAUAACGAAGAACUUGCAACAAAGCUCGAGAGCAUGCUAGAUGCUAAUAAGGGCAAAUCAUUCAUAUUUGACAAAAAAAAGUUGGAGUUCGAACAAGAGGAAAAGGAACGAAAGGCUCUGCAAAAAAUGCUUUGUAAUGACAAUCCUGCAGGGUUGUCCACAGCUAAGCAUGAAAAGGAAAAUGAUAUGAAAGAUAAAGAAUUAGAUGCAACAACAGUAUUUAACGAAAUGCAAAGUUCUCAGACUCCAGCACCCUCCGUAACGAGGAAACUUAAAAUAUAUCGUACUUACCGAGCUGAAGAUGGCACAGAAACAACUCGAGUUGAAGUAAUUACACGUCAACAGUUAAUCGAUGCGUACGUUCGCAUACGGACAAGAUGUGACGAAACAUUUAUUCGAGUAUAUGCACAAAUGGAUGAACAGUUCAAGGAAGAAAGAAGGAAGGAGAAACGACGAUUACAAGAUCAGUUGCGCAGAAUUAGGCGUAACGAGCUCAAAGCUAAGCUUCAUGGUGUACCCAUCGGACAACCUAUUACCAAGGCAAAAGUAACGGAAAAGAAGCCUCCAGUUAUUAAACCAAAUCUGUUAAAAAUGAGAUGCAGUGCUUGCCAUGGUACAGGGCAUAUGAAAACUAACAAAAAUUGUCCAUUAUAUGGUAAAGAUCCAGCGAAAACCGUCAAGACCGUUGGUGAUAUCCAUCCGGUAGCUUUGACAGAUGAGCAACUUGAGAAGAUGGCCGUUCCAUCUGGAGAAUUAAUUGCAGUGGAAGGCACGAAAUUGAAAAUAUCGAGGAAAUUGUACAGUCAUGCAGAAAUGAUCAAAAAAAAUGCGCUUAGGCUUCAUAUACCUCGUGAAUUAAUAGAAGGUGAUAAAAAACUGAUGGCAGAAGUAAACAAACCAUCACCAUCGAUUCCAGCUGAAGCAGAAGAAAAUAUAACUGUGAUCCGUGGGAACGACAAUAAUGAAGAUGUUGAUCUGGAAGAUGACGUACAAAUUUUAGGAAUUCCUGAACCACCUAAAGCAAACAAAGUUCGCAUAACUGCCGUUGGUUCCAAUAAGCGUCGUCAUACUGCUGAAAUGGAAGAUUACUUAUAUGGUCCACAAAAAACUGUCAAACGGAUAAGAGCUGAUCCAAAAGUAUCGAUGUCGAUUGUUUUGAGUGAAAUAUUUAACGAUUUUCGUAGUGUCUUCGGCUGUGAAGAAAUUAUGUUCCCGGUCAACCCAAAAAAAGUUCCAGAUUACUACAACAUUAUAAAGGAACCAAUGGAUCUACAGCAAAUCAAGAAGAAAAUUUCUGAAAAUAAAUAUGAAUUGAGACGACAGUUUUUGUAUGAUAUCAAGUUGAUAAUGGAUAAUUCAAUACUUUAUAAUGGCGGCGGCCAUCCCAUUACAAUUACUGCCAAAAAUGUAUUUGAAAUGGCAUCCAGACAUGUUGCUGAACGUGAACAGAAAUUGAUUGCUUUGGAGAAAGCAAUUAAUCCCUUGCUCGAUGACAAUGAUAUUAUUGGUUUCUCAUUUAUACUGAACGAAAUUGUGCAGGAGUGCAAAAAUAUACCUAAAAGCAUUGCAUUCCAUUUUAAAGUUGAUCCGAAGAAGUUGCCUCAAUAUUAUCAAAAAAUACAUAAGCCGAUGGAUUUGGGUACCAUGCAACAAAAUAUUAAGGAGCAUCAUUACACCACUAUUGAAGCAUUUCGCAAUGAUAUUAAACAGAUCAGAAUGAACAGUGAGCUGUAUAACGGACCGCCAGAAAUAUCACAGUACACCUCGAAAGCCGUUGAAAUAUGUAUAUUGGCUGAGAAAAUGCUUGAGGAACGAAAAGAACAAUUAGCGGAACUAGAAAUGAAUAUUCAGUCAACAUUAAACGAGCAUGUAGAUCUCGAAUCAAAUGCAACGAGUAUCAUGUGUGCUGAUGAAGUAGAGGAGCCAUCUCUCAGUUCAAGACCUGAUGAAUUGGAAUCAAGAUUGAAUGAAAACAUAGUCAAAAUGGAACUUGAUGAUGACGAAGAUGCAACACCGGUUGGUAAUCUGCAAGACGAUCUUGCUCUGAGUGGGGAUGAAGAUGAUCUAGAUGAUGAGGAUCAGGAUUUAGGCAGCAGUUGUGAUGGCGGAGGAGAAGCAAAUAGCCAAUAUGAUGCGGAAAAUGAUUUACUACAAUCUCAAAUGCAUACUUCUGGUCAGCUGAAUGCAGAUCUGGCACUAAGUGACAGCGAUGAUGAUGAAGAUGAGCAGUUCAUGGAGGCAAGAAGGCCAAAGCUGGAAGAUCUUACUACGCUUUGA